GUCCGGUGUUCUGUAGUCCUGAGAGUAGCAGACUGUAGCCUCUCUGACGCUGCUGCUUUUUUCUGUACAAUCAAACGCGUUUUCUGCUUAAACCGCGGAUAAAAUGAAAGAAGACUCAGCGAACGUGUGAAUUUAAAGCCCAGAAGACCCCCCAAAAACCCCCACAUCUUUAAACGUAAAGAUGGAGCCGGGAGAAGCAGCGAGUGGCAGUUCCGUGGUGACUGAAGAGAUGAACGGAGCCGGGAAUCUCAUGGACUUUUUGGAUGAACCUUUCCCCGAUGUCGCAACGUAUGAAGAUUUCCACACCAUCGACUGGCUCAGAGAGAAGUCCAGAGACACAGACCGACACCGCAAGAUCACCAGUAAGAGUAAGGAGUCGCUGUGGGAGCUGAUCAAGAGUUUACUGGACGCCUGGUCGGGAUGGGUCGUGAUGCUGCUCAUAGGACUGUUAUCAGGUUCUCUUGCUGGUGUCAUAGACUUGGCUGUAGACUGGAUGACGGACCUUAAAGAGGGCGUGUGUCUCUCUGCGUUCUGGUACAGUCAUGAACAGUGCUGCUGGACAUCCAAUCAGACGACCUUUGCCGACCGUGACAAGUGCCCUGAGUGGAAGAAGUGGGCGGAGCUCAUGACUGGGAGCGCUGAAGGAGCUGGAGCGUACGUCCUGAACUACUUCCUGUACACGCUGUGGGCUCUCUUCUUCUCUUUCCUGGCUGUGUCUCUGGUCCGAGUGUUCGCCCCCUACGCCUGCGGCUCCGGAAUCCCUGAGAUUAAGACAAUCUUGAGUGGGUUCAUUAUUCGGGGGUAUUUGGGGAAGUGGACUCUCCUGAUAAAGACAGUGACCCUCGUGCUCGCUGUGUCCUCCGGCCUCAGCCUGGGCAAAGAGGGCCCCUUAGUGCAUGUCGCCUGCUGCUGCGGAAAUCUCUUCUGUUCCCUGUUCUCCAAGUACAGCAAGAACGAGGGGAAGAGACGAGAGGUGUUAUCAGCAGCAGCGGCAGCCGGAGUGUCUGUGGCCUUUGGAGCACCCAUCGGAGGAGUGCUGUUCAGUUUAGAAGAAGUGAGUUAUUACUUCCCUCUGAAGACUCUGUGGCGAUCCUUCUUUGCUGCGCUGGUGGCUGCCUUCACACUGCGCUCCAUAAAUCCGUUUGGAAACAGUCGUUUGGUGCUGUUCUAUGUGGAGUACCACACGCCCUGGUACAUGGCCGAGCUCCUGCCCUUCAUUCUGCUCGGGGUGUUUGGGGGCCUCUGGGGGGCACUCUUCAUCAGGGCCAACAUCGCCUGGUGCCGACGCCGCAAAACAACACUCCUCGGGAAGUAUCCAGUUAUAGAGGUUUUGGUGGUCACUGGCCUCACUGCUCUUCUUGCCUAUCCAAACCCGUACACGCGUCGUUCGACCUCUCAGCUGAUCUCUGAGCUGUUUAAUGACUGUGGGGCUCUGGAGUCGUCUCAGCUCUGCGACUACAUCAAUAGCAACAACACAACUCGCCCGGUGGACGACAUCCCCGACAGGCCAGCAGGUCCCGGGGUGUAUGCUGCCCUCUGGCAACUCACGCUCGCCCUGGCAUUCAAGAUCCUCAUCACCAUCUUCACCUUUGGCAUGAAGAUCCCCUCUGGCCUGUUCAUCCCUAGCAUGGCAGUGGGUGCUAUUGCUGGACGUAUCGUGGGCAUCGCCGUGGAGCAGAUGGCCUAUCACCAUCACGACUGGAUCAUCUUCAGGAGCUGGUGUCGCCCCGGAGCAGACUGCGUGACACCCGGGCUCUAUGCUAUGGUGGGGGCCGCCGCAUGUUUAGGUGGAGUGACCCGUAUGACCGUGUCUCUCGUGGUCAUCAUGUUUGAGCUGACCGGAGGACUCGAGUACAUUGUUCCUCUUAUGGCGGCUGCAGUCACCAGUAAAUGGGUCGCCGACGCUUUUGGGAAAGAAGGAAUCUAUGAGAGUCACAUCCAACUCAACGGGUAUCCUUACCUCGAUGUACGCGACGAGUUUACUCACAGGACCCUGGCAGCAGACGUGAUGCGGCCCAGGAGGAGUGACCCUCCUCUGGCGGUGCUUACACAGGACAGUACCACAGUGGAGGACGUGGAAGCGCUCAUCAAAGACACGGAUUAUAACGGUUUUCCUGUGGUUGUGUCCAGAGAGUCUGAGAGGCUCAUCGGCUUUGUGCAACGUCGGGAUCUCACACUUGCCAUCAAGAGCGCUCGUCAGAAACAGGAUGGAGUGGUAAGCAGCUCUGUGGUGUAUUUCACUGAAGAUGCUCCUCUGCUACCGGCAUCGAACCCUCAACCUCUCAAACUGCGCCGCAUCCUCAACCUGAGCCCCUUCACGGUCACAGACCACACACCUAUGGAGACUGUGGUGGACAUCUUCAGGAAGCUUGGACUCAGACAGUGUCUAGUCACCAGGAGCGGACGUCUGUUGGGAAUCAUCACAAAGAAAGAUGUCCUCCGUCACAUGGCCCAGAUGAUGAACCAGGACCCAGAAUCCAUCAUGUUCAACUGAACCAGGACUGAACCAGGACUGAACCAGGACUGAACCAGGACUUAAAUCACUUAUAAAGACCAUUUUGAUUUGCUGCUAAUUUGACUUAAAGCUUCUAUAUUCUGCUAAAGUGUCUUUCCUCUCUGUAACCCUGUUCUAAUGUGAUGAAAAUUUACGCAGUGGGGCUUUAGCUCUCUCAUAAUGUAGUGUCAAAAACAUCCCUGGAACUACAUGUCUCAGUAAUCCUUAAGUCUGAAUACUGCAGAAUACAGGAGCUUUUAACCCAAAACGGAAGGACUGCACACUGACAAUGUUUUUCAAACAUAAACAAAUUCAAAAUAGGAAAGAGCAUUUUAUAAAAUCAGUUCUUAUAAACAAUUUGACUGCAUAAGCUUUGCCAUUUUAGGUUUUCAACAAGAGAGACUUGAAUUAACCAAACUGACUGCCUCACAAAUGGGGCAAAAACAAAAAUAACGUGAAACUGAAGCUCAAAUGUGAAAGUUCCUGUUGGUUUCAAAUAAUCUUGUUUCACGUGUAAAAAUAAGGGACCAGAUGCAGACUAACACUAGAGAUCAUGAACAGAAAAGCACUUUGAGUUUUGCCGAAUUUUGCCACAUCUGUUUAAGAAAUGUCCCAAUCUGACUUUUAUGCCAAAUAUUUAGAAAAGGUGCUUUCAAUUUUGGAUUUUAACUUAAAACUGUGGUGUGGAGAUUAAAAUGUUAUCAUAUAAAAUAGAUUUUUUUUUUUUUUAGCUUUUUUCAUAAUAUUGUUUCCUCAUCAAGAACAUGCCAUCCAUGCAUGUUUGAGUAUUUUAGCAAUCUCUUCUGGGCCUGUUCCAACCCUCCUUAGAGUUAGCUGUACAAUUCUGUACAAGGCUCCGCCCACAAGCCUACAUUACCCAUCCUCCCACACUACAGUUCUCCAUAAAUAUAACUUGGCACAAAACAAUACACAAGAUGUGCAGUAGUUUCAUUGGGAUGCAUGCUGAUGGUGUUGCAAUAGUGCUUUGAAAGGGGGAGUGACUUAGAGCAGGGAGCAAAGAAAGGAAGUGAAACUUAUAAAACAUGUUAAUACAUUGUGUAAUCCCUCAGUCAUCCAGGUCUGAUCCAUAGUAAAAGCCAAAAGUAAAAUUUGUCAACUGGACAAACAGUUGUAGGAGUGAAGAUGUUUGGCUGCUCGUCCAAGCCGCUUCUUCAGUUCUGGUCAGAUUACUGUUGGACACUGCCUUAUACCUGUCUGAAGAGAGGAGCUAACUACACUUGUUUUCUGUAUGUAGGCUAUUGAGCUACACUAAGUGUGCACUGUUCUUAAGUCAUACUGAGCAUAUUCAUUUAGCUCUUAGUGGCUGCUUUCACACCUAUUGGCAUCCUGGCUAGCUCUAUUGUUCUUUGUUUCCUUUGUUUGCUUUGGGGCUGAGGAUGAGGUUAUAAAAAAAAGUCACACACUCUAAUAUUUGGUUGUUCCACCUUUGGCUUUGAUCACAGCAUGCGUUCACUGGCAUUGUUUCGAUAAGCUUCUGCAAUGUCACAAGAUUUAUUUCCAUCCAGUGUUGCAUACAUUUUUCACCAAGAUGUUGCAUUGAUGAUGGUAGAGUCUGACCGCUGCACAAAGCCUUCUCCAGCACAUCCCAAAGAUUCUCAAUGGGGUUAAGGUCUGGACUCUGUAGUGGACAAUCCAUGUGUGAAAAUGAUGUCUCAUGCUCCCUGAACCACUCUUUCAGAAUUUGAGCCCGAUGAAUCCUGGCAUUGUCAUCUUGGAAUAUGCCCGUGCCAUCAGGGAAGAAAAAAAUACAUUGAUGGAAUAACCUGGUCAUUCAGUAUAUUCAGGUGCCAGCUGACCUCAUUCUCUGAGCACAGACUGUUGCUGAAUCUAAACCUUACCAACAGCAGCCCCAAACCUAUUUGCUUAGUUAAAUCCAGGUGGUGACUUUUUUUUUGGGCAGGCGCAGUGUAUAAGACAGUGUCCACCAGCAAUGUGACCAUAACUGAAGAAACGGGUUGGAUGAGCAGAGAAAUAUCUUCACUCCUACAGCUUUUUGUCCAGUUGACAGAUUUUACUUUUGGCUUUUACUCCGUUAAUAUCUCUGUAUAUCUCAGUAUAUUAUGUGAUAGCAGUAGAUAAUACCCCAUACAAGUAAAAUAGCCCUUCUUCAAUACCACAUAGACGUGUAAUACUCCCUCUUUGAAAAAAAAUCAGAUUUGGACAUUUCUAAUUUUGCCAUAUUCUUUGUGAAUGUUGCUCCUGUUUUAUUUAAAUGUAAAAUUCUGAUGUAAAUAGAGGAUUUAAGUGUCACAGAUGUUUUUGUCAAAUAUUUAUCGCUAAAUGAAUGAUGCACUUUGGUACAGACUGAAUGAAUAAAUGAAGGAACAAACUG